GCAAUGCCAGAGAGAUACCGGAAGCCAGGCAGAUUCCGGAAGUAGGCGAUGGCAAAGUUGUCUCGUAUUUUACAACAACAAAAGUAAAUUUCCGUGUCUAAAGUUUCAACAUGGGCACCACGGCGAGUCAUCUCGCGAAGGAUUUGCUCUCAGAAUACCAAGAGCUGACAUUCUUGACAAAACAAGAGAUUCUCCUUGCUCACAAGAGAUUCACUGAGCUGCUCACAAAAGAUGAGAAAGACCAUCAAAACACCAGAGUCCCAAUGGACAGGAUUCUUACUCUGCCAGAGCUCAAGUCCAACCCUUUCAGGAAAAGAAUCUGCCAUGUGUUCUCAACAUCUGAACAUAAAGACGGAAGCCUCACGUUCGAGGACUUUCUGGAUCUCCUGAGUGCCUUCAGCGACUCUGCUACUCUGGAAAUCAAAUCCCACUAUGCCUUCCGUAUAUUUGACUUUGACGAUGAUGGAACGCUUGAUGGUGGUGAUCUGGAGAAGCUGGUGAACUGCCUGACUGGUGAGACGGAUGACACAAGACUAACAGCUGAAGAAAUGAGACAGCUCAUCAGCAAUAUCCUUGAAGAGUCAGACAUCGACAAGGAUGGAACUGUGAACCUCUCGGAGUUUCAGCAUGUCAUUUCAAGGUCGCCGGAUUUUGUCAGUUCUUUCAAGAUUGUGCUGUGAAGACCUCUGCUACAUUGUGGGAAUGCACCACUCUCUGACUCUCACACUGUGUUUAAUUUUCAUAUACAAUACUUUUAGAUAUUUGCCUUAAAUUAUAUUUCCCUGUGGAAUUUAAAGCCUUACCUGUUUUAUGCAUUAUUUGUGAAAUAUAUAACAAAUUCAUUUUUUUUUCUAUACUGAAAAAUAAAAAUACUGUAUUUCCAAAAAC